AUGGAAUCCCAAUUGAAAGUUAUCAGUGGUCCAGAUAGCUCCUCGAAAGUGUGCAGUGAGAAAGCACUGGAUCUCACGCCCACACAUUCGGUGGACGAAGGCCAGAUAGACUCCGACGUGGAAGGAUCAGGGGCACUGCAUCGAACAUUAACUCCACGUCUGAUUCACGUAAUAUCUCUGGGUUCCAAUGUCGGAAGUGGUUUAUUCAUAGCGACGGGGAAGGCACUAGGCGAGGGAGGCCCAGGAAACAUGUUCAUAGGCUAUUUGAUCGCCUGCAUCGGAGUCUGGGCCAACUUGCAAACAUUGUCCGAGAUGACGAUUGCGUUUCCCACUUCAGGCAACUACAUCGACUACGCCGAUCGAUGGGUUGACCCAGCAUUGGCUUUUGGUGCUGGCGUUGCAGAAUGGCUAGGAUGGACGACGGUGUUUGCGUCCGAAGGGACCUUCUUCGUGCUUUUAGUCAACUUCUGGGCCGACGGGGCCAUACCUGAAGCAGCUUUGCUCACGAUAUACCUGGUUAUCUGUUUGGCGGUAUUCCUGGUGCCGAACAAGUAUUUCGGCGGGCUUGAAUACUUUGGCUCCUUGGUCAAGGUGCUGCUAUUCCUCUUUAUCACGAUCAUCUCACUGGCGAUAAUCGGCGGUGCCGGUCCGUCAGGGUUUGUACGAGAUGGAAGUACAUGGACAGAGCUCCCAGCAUUCAAGAAUGGUUUUGGUGGAUUUGCCAACGCCGCAUUACUUGCUAUCUGGGGCACUGGUGACCAGGUCUUCAUCGGAGUCAUGGGCGGCGAAGCCGAAUCGCCUCGCUACUCGAUGGCACACGCAGCCAACCUAGUCCCAUGGCGAGUAGCGGUCUUCUAUCUCGUUUCCGUGGUGCUCGUGUCGAUCAUUGUUCCCUCAGACGACUCACGCCUACUAGGCGGAUCCAGCGUGACCACGUCCCCCUUUGUGAUUGCCGUCGAAGACGCCGGAAUCAAGGGUAUUCCCAGUCUCAUCAACGCGUGUCUGAUCAUCGGCAUCCUCGCCAUUGCUCUAGAAGGAAUAUUCCUUCCUUCGCGCAUCCUCCGCACCAUGGCACUCCAAAAGCUACUACCUCCAUUCAUUGCCAAAGUGGACGAGGAGGGUCGUCCAAGAUGGGCACUCGCCAUUACUGCCGUUGUAGGAGUCACAAUAACCUACAUGAGCUUGAGCGCCGGCGGCCUCGAAGUCCUCAAUUGGCUCAUCGCCAUAACCAGCGCCUCCUUCUUCACCAACUGGGCCAUCAUCGCAAUCACUUCGUUCCGCUUCCGCGCCGCCAUCAAAGCCCAGAAUAGCACGCUGCUAAGAACUCCAGCCUACGCAUGGCACUCCCCUCUAUGGCCACUAGCCCCGGUCACAGUUCUUAUCAUAUCAACACUACUUCUCAUGGACAACUCCUUCUCAGCAUACAACUUCUUCUCUUACACCAUCGGACUCAUAUUGAUUAUCGUUGCCACGGUACUGUACAAGAUUGUCUUUCGGACCGAGUGGCGCGAUCCAAACACUGCUGAUUUGGGUACGGGAAGGGCGGUGUUGACUGCGGAGGAAAUUCGGCGGUUGGAUGUGUAUUAUGGGAUGCCGAGGUGGAGGCGCGUGGGGACGUAUUUGCGGAUGUGGUGA